CCAGGACACACCGCCUGCCAGCCCGCGCCCGCAGUCCUGAGCCGGCCACCUCCACCCCCCAAGAUGUGGCACAACGUCGGGCUGACCCUGCUCGUGUUCGUGGCCACGCUGCUGAUCGUCCUGUUGCUGAUGGUGUGCGGUUGGUAUUUUGUAUGGCAUCUUUUUUUAUCAAAAUUCAAGUUUCUCCGAGAACUAGUGGGAGACACAGGAUCCCAGGAAGGAGAUCAUGAGCUUUCAGGGUCUGAAACCGAAGAAGACACUUCAUCUUCUCCACACAGAAUCAGAUCUGCUCGCCAGAGGAGGGCACCUGCUGAUGAAGGCCACUGACCCCAGGCAGAGUCCUUUGUUAGUAAAUGAUGAAAAGCAGUUGUUAGUCUCUCUUUAGUGACUUGGCGUGGAAAUUUACUGAAUGACUCAUGAACAUUUGUACUUGGAUUUUAAGUCCAAUUUAGAAAAAGAUUUACAUGUAAGCCAUAUAAAAAUAAAGGGAAUUAAAACCAAAUUGAACCAUUGCAAACUUCAUCUUAAAGAUAAUCUUUUGCUUCACUAGCUUUCUACUUAUUCCUUGGCUCUUGGGCUUAUUUUCUCGCUCUGGUGCAAAUCUGGUAAGCAUUACAAGCUUAAAAAACCAUA